GGCCGGUGCUGACCCCACACUGAGUCUGCGCGGCGCGGAGCCGAGCCGAGCCGAGCCUCGAGGAGCCGGGUCGAUCGGUGCAGGGUGACGGAGCCCGAAUCGAAGCGGAGCCCGAGGCCGGAGCUGAGCCCGAGUCCCCGCCAUCGUCCUCACCAUGAGCGACAUCAACGUGAAGAAACUGAAGGUGCCCGAGCUCAAGGAUGAGCUGAAGCGGCGCGGCUUGAGUGUGCAGGGCCUGAAAGCCGAGCUCCAGGAGCGGCUGCAGGCCGCACUCGACAGCGAGGCCGAGGAGGAGAUGAUGGAAGAGGAGGAGGAGGAGGAAGACGGGGGGCCCGGGCCGCUGGAGACCCCCGAGAACGGCGAGGAGGAGCUGGAAGACGAGACGGCAGGCGGCGAGGAGGAGGAGGAGGAGGAGCCGCCGCAGUUGGCGGGAGGAGACAAAGCCGAGGCCCAGGCGCGGGGCCCGGGACUGAACGGCGCUUCCCUGGCCGCUGGGCUGGAACCGCCGGCGGCCGUAGUGAGCCAAGUCCAGGCGGAGGAGGAGGAAUCUCAAGGAGAGGCCGAAGUCCUGGUCCGAGCCGCGGGAGGGGGAAUGGACGACGAGGAGGAGGAGGAGGAGGAGGUCGAGAGCAAAACAGGCGAGAGCGGCCUGGGCGACGAGGAGGAGGAGGAAAACGGGAUGGGAGAGGCGGAGGGAGCGGUACCGGAGCCGGCCCGGGUCCAAGAGCAAACCCAAGUCCAGGCUGAGGCGCAGCAAAGAGCGGGAGAAGAGGAAACAAUGGAGCUGGGGGACGGCGAGGCGCGGGCUGGUGGCAAACAGGAACCUGAGGCCGCUUCGGUCCCGGCUCCCGCCCCUCAACACUCCAGCAAAGGAAAAGACAGCCAGGCUGAACAGGCAACUGAUAAGGGUAAAGAGCAAAAUCGCAAAGGUGUAAAGAGACCUCAUGAAGACCAUGGACGUGGCUACUAUGAGUAUAUUGAAGAAAACAAAUAUCGACGGUCCAAGUCUCCCCAGCCACCUGUGGAAGAAGAUGAGGAAGAGUUUGAUGAUAAUGUAGUUGCCCUGGAUACAUACAAUUGCGAUUUGCACUUUAAGAUCAACAGAGAUCGGUUUGGCGCCAUGCCACUGACCAUGGAAGGAUUUGCCUACCUUUGGGCAGGUGGAAGAGCUUCUUAUGGAGUUACCAAAGGCAAAAUCUGCUUUGAAAUGAAGGUAACUGAGAAGAUACCAGUUAAGCAUUUGCCGCCAGAUCAGACUGACCCACAUGAAGUGAGGGUUGGCUGGUCACUGGCUUCCUACAGCAUGUUACUUGGUGAAGAAGAACUUUCUGUCGGAUACUCUGGAAAUGGAACAAAAUGUUCAAAUUGCAAAUCUGAAGAUUAUGGUGAAAAGUUUGGAGAGAAUGAUGUGAUUGGCUGCUUUCUUAACUUCGACGCUGAUGAAGUGGAAGUCUCUUAUUCCAAGAACGGUCAGGAUCUGGGUGUCGCAUUUAAAAUUGGGAAAGAUGAUCUCGCUGGCAGAGCCUUAUUUCCACAUGUUCUAUGCCACAAUUGUGCUGUGGAGCUUAAUUUUGGACAGAAGGAGACUCCCUAUUUUCCAAUACCAGAAGGCUUCACCUUCAUUCAGCAAGUUCCAUUGGAGGAGCGUGUACGAGGACCAAGGGGACCCAAAACCAAAGGAGAAUGUGAGGUUUUGAUGAUGGUUGGCUUGCCUGGAACUGGCAAAUCGUUAUGGGUUUCAAAGCAUGCAGCAGAGUACCCAGGCAAAUAUAACAUUCUGGGGACAAACAACAUCAUGGAUAUAAUGAAGGUUUUGAGCUUCAAGCGUCAGAAGACUGACAGAGGUAAACUAACUACGUUGAUUCAACAAGCCACACAGUGUUUGAGCAAGUUUAUUGAGAUUGCAGCACGCAAGAAGCGCAACUACAUCCUUGAUCAGACAAAUGUGUGUGCAGCUGCACAGAGAAGGAAGAUGUGCCUGUUCGCAGGCUUCCAACGUAAAGCGGUUGUCAUUUGCCCAUCAGAUGAAGAAUAUAAGGAGCGUUCAAAGAAGAAAGCAGAGGAAGAGGGAAAGGAUGUCCCAGAGCAUGCUGUUCUGAAAAUGAAAGGUAUCUACACACUGCCUGAACCGGGUGACUUUCUGGAUGAGGUGAGCUACGCAGAGCUGCAGAAGGAGGAUGCUCAGAAAUUGCUUGAGAAGUAUAAGGAAGAAAGUAAAACCGCCCUUCCACCAGAGAAAAAGCCCAAUACUAGUUCUGGGAAGAGAGCAAUGAAUCGGGGGCGAAGCGGUCAACGAGGUGGAAUGAACCAAUACAAUAGAGGUGGCCAGAGAGGAGGGCGUGGUGGAUAUCAGAACCGUGGCAAUUACCGAGGAGGUUCAAACCGUGGACAGUAUAACAGAAGAGGAAACCAGCAAAGCCGUGGCUAUGCUCCUAAUCAGCGUUUCACUCCGAUGAUAGGCUACAAUAGAGGUGGUUUUAUUGAAAGACCCUCUUACAGUGGCAGAGGAGGUUCUUACAACCACAGGGGCGUGGCAGACAACCACAGGGGUCCAGGCAGCAACAGAGGAGGCUAUGGACAAAAUUUCAGGGGCAGGGGAAAUCGUGGCUUCAACCAAGGCUACAGAAAUGAAAACUUCCUCCAAGGCCAGGGCUUCAAACAGAACUGGAGCCGUCAGCAGCAGGCACGACUGCAACAGUUCUGGAGCCAGUACAGCAAUCAGUAUAACAAAGACUACUUCUAGGAUCUGCAGUGAGUGAAUGAACGAUGGUUUCACCGCAGCUGUAAUUUCAACCAAGAGAUGUCAACUUUUUUAAUCUUGAUUUUUAAACAUUCCAAAACAAAGUGCCUGCAGGUCGUAUUUGGAAGCUUUAUCAAUUAAUUGAUUUUUAAGUGUCUUUUAUUUUUUUACAUUUUAAUUGUAAUGUUUAGGUGAAAUGUGGUGAACCUCCAAUUUCUAGAGGAUGAAAACAUUUUCAGUUUCUGCAUUUUUUUCUGUAAAAUUUUAUCAAAUAAAAUCCCCCCUGAACUUGU